AUGCAAGAAGCGUCAGACCUGUGGGAUUUCCUGCGCCGAGGCUGCUGGGGGCUCCUGGCAGCCUUGGGACGGGUCUCGCUGACCUCGCUCCUCGGAGCGCUGCUGGGCGCUGUGCUGGGCGCCGGCCUGAGGUUGCUGGGCGCUCCGGUGACCUUUGGCGGGUCGCUGCUCGUCACACCGCUCCUCGGGGCUCUUCUGGGCGCCAGCGUCGGGGCCUUCCGCUGUCUCAGGUACUAUGCAGGGGUCCUUGAGGCACUGAUGCUCUACCAUCCCAGGAAGAGUCGUGACGUGUCCUUCAUGGAUAUGUCUUGGCAGCUGGGCGAUGUAGAGUAUUCCAUCCAGAUGGUGUCAUACACCCUUCCCAACGUGGGGCCGCAAGUGUCAUACUUGCUCAGACCUUCAGGUCGUGUGGAGACCUUGUGGGCCUUCUUCGGUGGGAACGCCAUGCUGGCGGUGGACUGGUUGACCUUCUUUGACAAGGUCCUGACUCAUAUGGGUGAGCAUCAGAAGCCGAGGACCACUGUUGCCUUCCUCUUAGUCGACUACCCUGGCUACGGCCGCAAUGCAGGAGAGCCUUCACCCGAGCGUGUGCUUGAAAGCUCCAAACUGGCACUGGAGGCGGCCGUUCAGCAACUCCACUCAGAGGUGCAGGUGCAGUUGCUAGGCCAUUCGUUGGGAGCGGCCGCUGCUGCGCAGCUGGCGGCGGACUGGCCCUCGGCGCCAGGUCUUCUUGUGCUUUCGGCGCCCUUCAUCGAUAUUCCUCACAUGGCAGUGCAAUUGCUGAGUGUUGUGCUUUCAAAAGGCCUCCCACACCUCUAUGGACUCGUGGUCGAUGCCUUGCCCUUCCAGGUGCAGACGUUGGAGAAGUACUUGCCAUCUUCUAGAUGGAUGGCAUCAGUGGGGCAAAGGCUGAAACCAUGGAUCGUCCUUCUACUGUGGCCUGUGGUGCCGCAUCUGUGGGACAACAGCAAGUCUGUGGGAAAGGCGGCCAAGGCUGGAUGGCAAAUCCAUGUUCUGCACGGCGCACAGGAUGACCUGAUCCCGUCGCACAUGGGCCAGACGCUGGCCAACUUGUCCCAAAAGGAAGCGCAGAAGGUCCGCGAGGAUGCCUUCAGCGAAAUUCCGCGCGCAGGUCACAAUGAUGUGGUCCUGAAGGGUUUCGAGAAGUACAUCAAACUCAUGGGCCUGACCGACGUUCGCGGACGAAAGCCCAGCUUGGGCUUGCCUGAAGAUGGCGCAGAAGAGGAAAAUGGGCCCAGGAAAAUGCGCAUCCGUGAGAGCAGCCAUGAAGGGAAGUUUGAGAGGCGCUGGGCGGACUGGGUCGCAUGCGGUGUGCGGACUGCGGGAGCCUUGACGGUAUUGACCUCCCAUGGCUAUGCGCCGGACCUUCGCGAUUUGCUGAGCAUCCUGCAGAGCUUGUCGUUGAGCCCGUCGCCGACCAUCACCAGCGCCAAGAAGGUCUUCGAGCGCUUGGGCUACCGCCACACCUCGCUCGACAUCAACGGCCGCGACGGCGCGCAGGUCGUCGACCUGUCGAGGCCCUUGAACGUUUCGCUUCUGAGCAGCUGUGACGUCGUCACGAAUUUCGGCACCACCGAGCAUGUGGGCGAGGGUGAAUAUAUCAAUGCGCUUGCGGGCUUUGAGCUUUUGGAUCUAUGGAGCUCGCAGUAUCAGGCCUUUCGCAACAUACACCAGCUGCUGCGAGGAGACGGCCUUAUCAUCCACAUGGUGCCGGCGGCAGGGUGUUGGCCCCGCCAUGGCGCCGUGGAGUACGAGCCGCAGUUCUUCCAGGCCCUCGCAGGUGCAGCAGGCUAUGAGAUCUUGAACCUCUCACUUCAUCGUCCAUCGUAUUACUGGUCACCCGCAGAAGAGCGCUUCUUCUGGGACCUUCUGCACGAACUGCUGGCGCGCGAAUCCUUGACAUUGCCUGAGUCCAUUGUGCCGGAGAUGGUGUCCAUCAUGCCACAUCUCGAGCAGGCCAAGCAAGCCAACGUGCUGGCCGUCUUCCGCCGCGGACCCGGUUCUCGCGGACCCAGUUCUCGCGACUGGGCGGUGGCCGAGGAGCGGUUUCAGCGGCUCCCCGGACUGCACUGGAAGGCCACGGCGGCUCUGGGGCCGUGCCUUCUCUCCUCCAAGCUGCAAGUGUCCAGAGCCUGUGAAGAGGCGAUGGCCGAGACGGGGUCCUGUUCGAUGCGUUGA